AUGGACGGAAUGCAGAGGGAGGAUGGUGCUGUAUCAAGUGAUCCCUCUAUGGAAGCAACAACCGAAGCCACUCCGCCAAUGACGACUGUAUCAUUGGCCAGUCAGCCACCAGCUUCCGUGCCUGCGAUAAUUAUACCGGUGAUCACGGGGAGCUCAAGCGCUCAGGAUGUUCAAGUACCGUCAAAACCAGUGGAGAAACCAUUACGGACCACCUUACAACCGCAGAUGUACCCGCUGAAGAGAGGACCCUCAACUAAUCGAAUUGUAGAAGGGGAACCAGUCGGGGAGGACGUACUUCGUCAAGUGGAGCAGAUGGAUACAAUUAUCAACGCCAAUGCCACACUCAAAUCCUUCAAGGCUUCAUCACCACGUCGCCCAUCCCGAAGUCAGAAACAAAUUAUGGGUUAUCUGGAGAAAAAAGCUCGCACCGCCUUGGCAUCGGAUACUUCGAAUGGCUCGAAUGGGCCAAAUCAAGACGACGUUAAUUCAACAGGCAGUGCUGGGUCUGCUACUCCCAGCAACUCGAGAAAAGUGCAUCCUCACAUCGAAAGCAAGCUGCAGCCAAUCGGCAGUGGCGAUCUCUCGGAUACGGGCAAUAUUAAAGUUGCAGACGCCAGUUUUCGACGAAAAUCAACGCGAAAAUCUCUCGUGGAACGUAUAAGCUCCGUCAUGUUUGAAGCCCCGGAAGGGCGACUAUCGAACGCUUCCUCGAGUUUUGCUGGCCGUGCCGACGUUAAGCGUCCAAGCAUCAAAUCACAUCGGAAUAGCCGUGUCGAUAGCAGACGACGUAGUAGUGUCACGGCUUCGAUCAAGGGGGACGUGUCCAAGUUCAAGCAGACUGUGUCUAGAAUGUUUGAGAAGGCGUCGCAGAUUAAACUGGAUGAUGAACGCACGGCCAGAGUCGCGGAGCUGGUGGACAGCGAAGUGAUGGUCUUAAACACGAGUCAAUUGGCUCAAAGUCAAAAGCGCAAAGCGCACCAGUACACGCUCUCAAUCCACUCAACUUUCCGCCAAUGGUGGGAUUUCGUGCUCACUGCGUCCAUCGCGUACGUGAUCGUCAUGACGCCGAUCAAAGUGGGCUUUGACGUGCAGUCUUCAGGCUUGAAUUACGCGCUGGAUGUGGUGGUGGAUGUCAUUUAUCUCAUUGAAAUGGUGCUCAACUUCUUCACGAGUUACGAAGACGACGCCACGGGCGAAGAAAUCAAAGAACUCGACAAAAUUCGACGGAAUUAUCUUCAGAGCUGGUUUCUCGUCGAUGCUGUAAGUAGCUUCCCGUCGUCACUAGUGGGGACGACAAACGGUCUUCUUACAAUGUCCAAGAUCCUCAAGGUGGCCCGCGUAGCCAAAAUAUCCGACUCGGGUCUCGUUCGCACCAUAUCUGGGCAUAUCGAUCGCUCAAUGAACCCAUCGAUGCUUCGAAUGCUCAAGCUCACAGUCAUCUUCCUCGUCUCGCAGCAUCUCAUCGCGUGUACAUAUUACUACAUCAGCUUCAACCAGUCGGUUGAUACAACAUGGGCCCCCACGCACGAUAUCCGCAAUAGCGACUCGCUUGGCCAGCAAUACGUGGACGCCUUCUACUUUGCCAUCAUGGUGACUACAGCAAACGACGUAAAUCCCAUUACUCCAAUCGAGAAGCUCUUUACAUCAGUGAUGCUGUUUGUGGGCAUCGUCAUCAACGCCAGUAUCAUCGGUAGUGCUGCAAAUUUACUGGCAAAUCUGGACAAAGAAGAGAUCGCUCGGAAGAACCACAUGGACUCCAUCAACGACUAUCUACGCUUCAAGAAAGUACCUUUAGUCUUGCAGAACAAAAUCCGACGAUACUAUGACUACGCGUGGUCAACGCGUCUACAGGAUCCGACGGAAAAUUUGUUCGCAGACUUACCGGAUCGACUCAAACUUCUGCUCAAGCUGAAUUUGCACUCUGAAUUUGUGCGUAAAGUGCCGCUUUUCCGAGCUCUGUCACAUGCUGGAGUGGUGGCUGUUAUUCAAUGUUUAGUGCCAAUUGUUGCGAUGCCCGGGGAGGUUAUUAUCGUGUACGGCGAAGUCGCGAGAGAGUUUUACUUUAUCAAGACAGGCCAAGUAUCGCUCUGUGUUCCUGCAGUUGAGGAAAGUAUUCCGUUGGGAAAUCUCGGUGAAGGCUCGUUCUUUGGAGAGACGUCUCUUCUUACUGGAGAACCGACGACAGCAGAAGUCAAGGCCGAACGCAUGUGCGAGCUCAUGUAUCUGAGUAAAGAAGACUUCGAGACUAUCGUCGACAGAUUCCCCACGUUCUUCCUUGCUGUGCGUCGCAUCAGUGAGUCUCGCUUGCAGACGGCACAAAAUAUCCAGAAAAUGACCAAGAUGAAUCGCCGACCGACGCAAGUGCUGAAGAUGAAGAAGUUGAGCUUACGUAGUGUCGCCCAGGCGGCAGUACUGAAGGCGCGCUUUGGUGAUCGCUUGGAAACGUUAGGGAACAAAGGAGCAUCCGGGAGGUCUGAGCGUAUUGGAUCGAUUGUAGGCAACGGGAAAAGGUUGUUAUCAACUGGAAGAAGGAAAUCUAUCCCGUCCUUCAGCGCCAACUUCAUUGAUCGAUUAUCGCUGGCUCAAGCGAGACAUCUCACUCGCUUGCGCUCCAUGAGCGACAUGCAACAAAACAACGAGGAAGACGCCUUCUGGGAUUGA